CAUUCUAGGGUUUGAGGGUUUGGGGGGGUUUGGACAACAUAUUUCACAAGACUUUUGUUAGUGCUCACAGAUUUUAGUUGUUGACCUGCUUUGUUAUUUCUAUAGCAAUGAAGAAAUCCUCGGAGGGAUUUUCCAAACGGUGUAAAAUCACAGGUGAAAAGUGGGUUCAAGUGGAGGAUUCAUAAUACAAAACCUAGCACUUUAGGGACGUUUUGAACAACCAGAGUUACUGCUUGCGAUCAUUCUCCGUUCGAUACAAAUUUGGUUCGAUCACUGAAACAGUAGAAGAAUGCAAGCUCCCGUUCUGAUCUUCAAAAUCAGAUGACCCAAGUGCUCAAUAUAUAUAUUCAGCUAAUAACUGGGACCAUCUUGCGCAGGAACAUGAUGGAGCUCGUCGCAUAAAUUCCUUUAUUGGGAAUCAAGGUGAUGUGGUGAAAAACAACAUCUUCUUAAGUAAAUCAUCUGGUGUUAUUACCCCAAGUCAUCGUGAAACCCUCUAUGAGAUGAAGGAUAAUGGUUGUGCUGACGAUAAUUUGGCGAGCAUGUUCGCUAGUUUAACUGUAAGUGAUGCAAAUCACAACGACGACGGUUUGUUUCAGGUCAUGAAGGCGGUUGAAGCUGCGGAGAUCACUAUUAAACAACAGGCCGAUGAGAACACCCGUCUCAGGAAUGAGCUGCAUAAAAAGAUACAGGAGCUCCAUAAAUAUGAACAGGUUGGAGAUCGUCACAUAGACUCCUCCGUUGUUGGGAAUGAAGGUGAUGUGGUUAAAAGAAACGCAAUUAUAAGUGAACCAUCUGUUGUUGUAAUUCCCUCAAAUGUAAGGCCUGAUAUUGGAGAUGUUGCCACCCCAAGCCAUCCUGGAAUCCACUAUGAGAGCAACAAGCUUAACGGGAUCUUGAAACAACCUUCUGCAAAUCAGACACCAUCAACAUCUUUUCCUCUCAACAGGUAUCAAAUUGAUGGAGGCUAUAAUCAACAUCUGAGUUCAACCCUGAAUGUGCUCAUGCCCGUGACUGAAAGUAGUUCUAGCAUAUUGAAACAGGAUCUCUAUAUUAAGAUUCACGAACAUGAAGAAGAAAUUUUACAGUUGCAGAAACAUCUUGCUGAUUAUUCUAUUAAGGAAGCACAAGUACAUAAUGAAAAAAAUGUUUUAGAAAAGCGGAUUGCAUACAUGCGAGCGGCCUUUGAUCAGCAGCAACAGGACUUAGUUGAUGCGGCAUCUAAGGCCAUAUCGUAUAGGCAAGAUAUAAUUGAGGAGAACAUACGCCUUACUUAUGCAUUACAGAGGGCACAGCAAGAAAGAUCAACAUUUGUUUCCUCUUUCGUACCCCUACUUGCAGAAUAUUCCUUGCAUCCACAAGUUCUCGAUGCACAAUCCAUAGUCAGCAACGUCAAGGUUCUCUUCAAACAUUUGCACGAGAAGCUCAUUAUUACAGAUGAAAAGCUUAAGGAAUCACAAUAUCAGCUUGCACCUUGGGGUUUUGAUAUGAUAUCAAACUCUGCUUCACAAUCACCAUCCAACCAUGUAGGGUUGGUGCUGACCCCUGGUAGAAACAGACUUGAACUGGUUCCUCAGCCAGCAUAUUCUUCAGGAAACAUGCUAAAUACUAGUGAAACUCAGACAAUGGGAGACUGGGAGGCAAGAGAACAUCAAAUUGGCAGAAGUGAUAGUGAUUUAUUGAGACAUCUUGAGCCUGAUGAUGACCUAGUGAAAUAUUCUCCACAUGCAAGCAGGAACAUCAGGCCAAAAGAUUUACCGGUGCAGUUCACUGUCAACCACAGAAACCCACGACCUGUUCAUAACUUUGACCAAACUACAACCAAUCAGGUUACAUUUAACGAUCCUGCUGGCAUCAAUGAGUUGGACGAUGUUGAUGCGAACGUGCCACAAAAUGUGAAAGAUUCUGCCAAAUGGAGUUCACAUAACUCUCCUUACACAACUUCACUUGAGGAACCCAACUCCUCUUAUUCUCCUUAUUUACCACCAGUACUUGAAGAGCACUCGACAUCUUUAUCAGAGGCUGGGGAUGAUGAUCCAUUACCUGCUAUACAAGACCUCCAAAUUUCAGGUGAAGCAUUUCCAGGACAAGAACUUCAAGCAAGUGGAUACUCGAUCAAUGGAACUACUACUUGUAACUUUGAGUGGGUGCGGCAUUUGGAAGAUGGAUCUGUGAACUACAUUGAUGGGGCAAAACAACCUAACUAUCUUGUUAAUGCGGAUGAUGUUGGUACAUACCUUGCAAUUGAAGUGCAACCUCUAGAUGAUAGGAAAAGAAAGGGGGAACUUGUAAGGGUCUUUGCCAAUGAGCAUAGAAAAAUCACAUGUGAUCGUGAGAUGCUACGACACAUUGAGAAGACACUUUAUACAGGGGGUGCUUCAUAUAGGGUGUCUUUGUCGACUGUUUAUCUUGAUAUUUGGGAGCAAGUUAUUCUGACCAUCAAGAAGGAUGGUUAUAGUAUUAAGAGUAGUGGCUCUGGGAGUAUUUCUGUUUCUGAGAAGUUUUCAUCAAUCACCGAUAUUAUUAUUCCAUGUGGGCAUCCUAUAGAAUUUUCUAUUGUAUGUUCUAGCGGGGUAGAGCAUGUUUUACGGGCAGACAAUAACUCAUCCGAUAUCAGCUGUUCCAGAGAUACAAUUGUUAUCACAUUGAGAUUAUUCAUCAUGAGGGCAAAUGAGAAAAAGAAAGGAAAAAAGAAGAGUUUGUUUUUCAAAAGAUGAGGUUUCUUGGUCGUGUUUUGAGCAACUAUUUGAUGAAUGAUGUUACUUCUGGUUGAAUGAGUUAAAGAAAUUGUUGUCUUCUUCUUGUUCAUCACAAUUUUUUGUUUUCUCUCUAUCUUGUGUAUUUAUUUGUUUGAUAAACAUAUUGAAUGAGGGAGAAAAUGUUGUUUUAUUGUAUAGUAUCCAAAUUAUUUGAUUGUUGGG